UUCCUGACAUUCCUCCAUACUCACAUAGGCAGUGCAUGAACACAUACGAAAGAGCCAUGAGAGGUAGAGGAGCAGAAGAAGACAUAUACACAGAAUAUGUAGGGAAACAGUAGCUACUACCUUCGCUAAUACCCCUUGCAUGGUCUUUGUGGUGCAAGUCACAAGGCCACCUUGUUCAUGAAUUGUGUUUCCAACGGCACCGUUUAUGAGGAGGCGGUUGGACGAGAAGGGAGCUGGGCCAGGCUGUGCGACGGAUGUUGCACGGUGCCAAGCGUGGUGUACUGCCGCGCCGACUCCGCGUACCUCUGUGCAUCUUGUGAUGCGCAGAUCCACGCUGCAAACCGUGUGGCCUCGCGCCAUGAGCGUGUGCUCCUCUCCGAGGCCUACAAGCAUGCACCAGUGGUGCUGGAAUGUCAUGCAGAUGCUGCAGCGUUGUGCGCCGCCUAUGAAGCACAGGUACACUACGCAAACCUGCUUGCCACGAUGCACCAGCGCGUGCCCGUGGUGUCACACCCGGUCGCAGCCAUUCCAGCUGCUUCUUUAUUUGCCGAGGCAGCAGCCACCGCUCCUGUCCUCGGCAGCAAGGAAGAGGACGCCUCUUGGCUGCUGCUCAGCAAAGAUUCUGAUAACCAUAAUCACAGUGGCAACCACAGCAGCAGCAGCAGCAGUAGCAGAUACUUUGGUGAAGUGGAUCAGUACUUUGACCUUGUCGGGUACAAUUCUUACUAUGAUAGCCACAUGAACAACCAAGAGCAGUAUGUGAUGCAAGAACAACAACAUCUGCAGCAGAUGCAAAAGGAGUACGCGGAGCAGCAGAUGCAAAAGGAGUACGUGGAGAAGGAAGGGAGUGAGUGCAUAGUACCUUCGCAGUCUGCAAUUGUGAGCAGGCCACAUCAGAGUGGUUAUGCACCACUUGUAAGGGCAGAGCAGGCUGCCUCCGUGACUGCUGGGGUUAGUGCUUACACAGAUUCCGUCAACAACAGCAUAUCUUUCUCAAUGGAGGCGGGUAUAGUACCGGACAAUACGGUCCAGUCCAGCAUCCUGAGACCAGCUGGAGCCAUCGGUCACUUCUCAAGUCCUUCACUUCAGACACCACUUCACUUCAGCUCCAAGGAGAGAGAGGCCAGGGUCCUCAGGUACAAGGAGAAGAAGAAGAGCAGAAAGUUUGAGAAGACCACACGUUAUGCAACAAGGAAGGCGUAUGCCGAAGCACGGCCAAGGAUCAAGGGGCGCUUCGCCAAAAGAUCAGAUGCAGACAUGGAAGUGGACCAGACGUUCUCAACUGCAGCCCUAUCUGACAGUAGCUACAGUACAGUCCCAUGGUUCUGAUGAGGCAUCGUAUUAGCAUAUGGACUUACCAGAGUGAUAAGGUACAGUACGAGUAUUUCAAGCAGAUCGAUGCUCUGAAUAAUGGUUGGAUAUGUGCAACUUAAUCAUAAGGUACCUUAAAAUCUACAUUUUGGUUUAUAGUUUCAGAUAGCACGUAUGUGAUGUUAGAUACUUGCUCAGUCACUUCAGUUACAAGUGAACAAAGAGCGGUAUUUAACUAUUUAAAGAUGUAAUGUAACGGCACAUAGAUAACUAUGGGGCGUGUUGGAUUUUUUUUUUUUCCUUUUGACAAGAAGCAGCUACCAGCUGAUUUCAUUGAUGAAGGGGCGGUAAUGUUACAAAGCAAAUUUAGAGCAAGAAAAAAGGACAAUGCUGAAAAGGGUGCGGGGAUCCGAAGACACGGCCGGACACCAAAGAACAAGAAGCCUAGCUAAUCACGGUGGCUUGAAUAGGUCUUCCAGCUAAGAAUGAAUGGAACCGUAACUCACUCAACUCAAGGCUUGUUUUUGCUAACCCCAAUCAGCCGAACGAGGUCCUCACCUUGUUUCUGCUAACUAGCUUAGAUUAAAUGGAAUCAAAGCUUGUUUCCUUAUCAGAUGGCAUAUGAAAGAUCAUGGUUGAGUGUGUCCAGGUAUUUAGUUGAUUAAUAACUAUGAUCAUCCAA